CCCCUAGGACCCACUUCCGCAGCCUUGAGGCCGGUCUAGUACUUAACAUGAAACCUUGAAUAAUCUAACACUUCUUUGCAGGAAAAAAUAAUUUGAUUUCGUGAGGAACUAAAAAUGUUUUUGCUUUAUUCUGAUGAAUGUUCCCAUAUUUAUUCCUAAGCUUAUUGGCGGUGCUUGAAAAGUGGUUUUACGAAUGUAUGGGUACAAGUAGUUUGUGAGUGUUCCUGAAUAUACUACAAUUUCCUGUUGUCAUUUCGCUAUAGGGAGCCAUGGAGCUUAAUGGGAUAUAUAGCCAAUCAUUUGAUGAGCAAGUGCCUAAUGGGUCUCAUAGUACGGGAUCUGGAAGCGCAACUCAAGAUUCAGAGCUCACUAGGCCAAAUAGCGCUGAUAGCUCCCAACAUUACCACGCUCCUUCAAAUCAAAGUUCAAGUGCUUCACUGUCAAUAGAAGAACGACUCAGGCGCGUUAGAGCCGCUGAACAACUCAAACAGCAGCAACGUUACGCAGCCUACGUAGAAGCUCAACAACAAGCCGAAAUGGCACGUAUGCGCCAACAAGAGGAAAGAAAGCGCAGAAUUGAAGAAAUGCGACAAAAGGAACAAAUGCGCCGACUUAGUGCACUAGAACGACGUGCAGCCUUGGAAUUAUCUAAUCAAGCACGGAUAGAACGACUUCGAGAACGGUCGGCUAACCGUUCAGGAAACAAUACGUUUCGCCGUCAGUUUGCAGAACAUGAUCACUCUGGCCGUACUGCAAGUGCUUCUCCUUCUUUGGGAACCUCGCGAAAUCCAAACUCUCUUAUGACAACUUCGUGUGUGGUCGCCUUUGGAAGCAGCGCUCCGCGCUCUAUAUUAAUUUCAAGUCGAUCUAAUUCAUCCAACGAAUGUGAUAAAAUUGGGCGUCUUAAUCAUCAUCCCAAAGUGCCAAAACAUAUUACUGCACCCGCAAAUACAUCGAAAACGAAAGAACAUACAGCUAAGUUGGAAAAUAUGGUCCCACCUUCAGAUUCCACUAGUUCUACACGUUCUAACUCUAUUGAGAGACGAUCUAGACAACCAACUAUUUCUGUAUUCGAACGUUUAACAAUGUCUCGUUCUGUCACUACUUCUGGAAACGUUACGACAAACAAAGCAAGACCUGUCCAUUCGUCUGCUAGUACUGUGCAUGUGGCAAAAAGACCCGAAUCUAUUCGAGAAUCCAAACGUAAUGGUAACUCUGUCGUGCCACCUGUGAUGUCUAAAUCCGUUUCUGGUGAUGCGCUACAUCUGCGCCACCAGAAGAAACCAGUGCUCCCCUCGAAACCCCUCUCACCGCCCUCUUAUCCAACCAGAAUCCAGGAGCCAGAAACAGCUAUUUCCAGUCUUCCUCCGUUACCUCAGUCUUCAUCUGAGUCAGAAAGUGUUACUCAAGUAGCUGAAGAUAUCUCUAUUACGAAAGUGCCUUGCAGCGACUCUACUCCAUCUCCGUCAUCUCAAGUUAAUGAUGUAAAGAAUGAAACUUCGUCCAUUGUUGCACAAAUAGGUCCAAUUAAGGCUGAGACACGUGGUUCAGGUGAAGGUGCUAUUUUAUCUGAAAAUGAAGCAGCAAUUUAUCGUGCAAAACUUUUUAAACAACGUCGCUUAGCAAAAGAGCGAAUGGAAGAAGAAAAAAGACGAUUGGAAGAGGAGAAUCGUAAUCGACGAAUCCAACAAGAGCAAGCUGGUUUAGCUGCCGAAGCUGAAGAAGCUCGUUUAAAAGAAGAACAGGACGCUCGUUUGGCUGAAGAAGCUCGUUUAAGGGAGGAGCAAGCUCUUCAUGAGGCUGAAGAAGCUCAACGUGCAAAAGAAGCGGAAGAAGCCGCUAGGCUUCAAGCAGAAGAAGCAGAGCGCCUUGCAAAAUUGCAACGUAGUGAAGAAGAAAGAGUUUUACGCAAGAAAAAAUUGGACAGUAUUAUGUCUCGUGUCAAAAGACCAAUGAAGUUAACAUCUGAGGCAACUAGUGAAUCUGGGUCUACAACCAAUCUUCAAUCAACGGAUACCACACAGUCAUCUUUAGUGCCUGAUACUACUUGUGCUUCGCCUGAUAGAAUCGUUAACCAAGAACCAACUAUAGGUGUUGAAGCACCUAAGGUGGGGAUCAAUCCAUCAGAGAUUUAUGAAACUUCUAAUGGCAGAGUCAUUUUUACUGUUGACGGUGGAAGGUUGAAUGAAUCUUCGUCUUCACUUAAUGACGAAUCUGUCAACCAGUCAUCUUUUUCACACACAAUUACUGAAAACGAUUUGAAAAAAAAUGUAAAUAACACUUUUGAAGAUCUCGUCUCCAGUACUACUAAUACUACUACUACCAUCAAUGGAAAGUCGAACAAUAAUAACAAUACACCAUUAAGUAAUGUGAAUGAUGCAGAAGCAACAACACAAGUGACAAGCAAUUCAGAUUUGACAAUGAUAAGGAAUAGUUCAAGUGCUAGUCAUAGAACACCACAAUUCAAAUCUGCGUUAUUGCAAUCUAUGCUAGGCGCAGGUCGUUUGUCUGCACAUGCUAAAGAUGCUGUUGCUGGAUUAAGACGUAAUUCUUCUCAAAUACAAAAUGAUCAAAGUACGAAUGAUAAUUGGCCUCAACAUCAUGAACAUAGUGAUUCUACUGUGUCUAGUUUCUAUUCAGUUAAUAGUACACUUAUUCAGGACUCUGGUGAUUCUGUAAAUAUAAACAAUAGUUCUUCAAUUAUGCAUUCUGUGCCGGACACAUCUAGGCAUUAUCAGCAUGAUCUACCUCACCUUAAUGGAUCAAAUGUUAUGCAGAAGUCUGGUAAUCCUGUAUAUUUGUGGUCGGAAGAUCCUGAUCAUGAAGUUUCCAAACCCGAUUCAUUGUCUUCUGUUCCUCUCGAUACAUCGACUCAUUGAAUUUUAUUGCGACUAGAAAAAUCACACAUGUAUUCGUGAAAUAUAAAGUUGGUGAAACUUUAAUUCAAAUGCUUCCAUGCUUCUACCUAACUAAAUUGAUCCAUCUUACUGUGUAUUAUUCUAAGCUUUCCAAGUGAUUAACAAACAUUGAUUCCACUAAGUAGUUUUUGCUCUAUACUCUCUCUUUCUCAACUCCUCCCCGUCUAUCACUACAUAUAUACAUAAACAUGAAAUUUUAUUCCAUUUUUUAUUUAAAAAAAAGAAAAUUAGUAAGAAAAACUCAUUUUCACAGUUUUUAUCGCAGUUCCCUAUUUAACAUGUACAUUGAGAGCUGAAGACUGUGCACACCUCCGUGUGUAUUGAUUCAAUUUAUUUGUUAUUAUUUAGUUAUGAUGAUAAUAAUCAUAAAAUACCUCUUCGAAUCUUUUUUCAUCGCUAUUCUAGUUGUUAAUUCUGGUUAUAAAUUGUACAAUUUUAUGACUGAUUAGUUGAUUGAUUGGUAUUACAUAAUCAACAUUAGAUUUUGUUUCAUUUUGACUUACUACUACUGUUUUGACAUUAUGCUUUCUGUGACACUACUAGUCAAAUCCACUAAAUACUCGGCGGUACUGUAUUUCUAUUCAGAGAGCUCUUGAUUUAGUUCAUUUAGUGGUGUUGACUAACAGUGACACAAAAAGCAUAAUGUCAAAACAGUAGUAGUAAAUCAAAAUGAAACGAAAUCUAAUGUUGAUUAUGUAAUACCAAUCAAUCAACUAAUCAGUCAUAAUAUUGUACAACUUAUUUAUAUAGUUUUAUGAUUAAUCCUAUGAUUCGUUUUCUCCUUGCCCAUCAAAGUUUUAUCUCCUUGUUAUCGCUUCUGUUUAUUUGAUGGUAUACCAAGUAAUCCUGUAAUUUUGUAAGCUAUACUUCGUGUAUCCCCCGUUCCCUAAUACUGAAACAACCUACUACUGUCUUCCUUAUAUAUCCUUUCUUUCCCGGUACACGCGGAUGAGUGCCAUAAUACUUCUUUAUAAACAGGUGAAAAUUUCUUGUUUUCAUGUGUCAUAUCCACGGUCCCCAGUACAUAAACCUCUUGCUAGUUUUUUUUGCACAGUUUUGCUGUUGUUCAUUCACUGAUGCUUUAUCCGAUAUUUAUGCGUGUGCCUGUACGCUUGUCCGCAUUUUAUAUACCUGUAGGCUAUGUGAAAGGAGCAAGACUAUUUAACUUUUGUCUAUCAUAUAUUUCAAUUGGUCAUUCUUAUUUAUGAUAAUGAUAGUAAUUAUUAUUAUUAUUAUUAAACGU